GCGGGGCGGGCGAGGCAGACCCCCACACCGUCUUCCCCUGCUUCCCAAGGCCAGCGGGUCGAGUCGAACCAACGCCAUUACAAAAGCUGCGAGAGAGGCGGAGAGGCGGAGGAAGGUAGGGAAGGAAAGGCGUAGGGAAUUGUGAGGCUGUAGAAGUGAGUGAGAGGGCGAGGGUGGGGAGGCGCGUAGGCUGGCGAUCGCGGGAGCGAUGACGACGGCGGCGGGCAUGCCGGGGUCGCCGGUGGGCUCGGCCGCGGCCGCGGCGGCGGGCGGCCCCGCGGCGCCGGAGGUGGCGGCGAGGGACGCGGUGAUCGGGUGGUUCCGCGGCGAGUUCGCGGCGGCCAACGCCAUGAUCGACGCGCUGUGCGGCCACCUCGCGCAGAUCGGCGGCGGCGGGGCCGAGUACGAGGCCGCCUUCGCCGCGCUCCACCGCCGCCGCGUCAACUGGUUCCCCGUCCUCCACAUGCAGAAGUUCUACCCCGUCGCCGACGUCACCGCCGAGCUGCGCCGCGUCGCGGACGCCCGCGCCGCCGCGGCCGCGGCCGCGGGGUCAUGCUGCUACUCCGAGGAGGAGGAGGCCGCGUCCACGGUGAUCCACGAGCCCAUGGAGGACCUCCCUGCCGAGCCGGAGCCCGACCCCGAGCCAGAACCGGAGCCGGAGGCCGAGCAGGAUCCCGUACAACAGGAUCCGGCCGACGGCGCCGUCGUCAACCCCGCCGCAGACGCGGAGUACCACCACGAGGCGGACGCGGAGGUAGAUUCCUCGGGAGAUUCGUCGGAGCGGAAGGCCGCCUCCACGGAAGACGACACCGCCGCUGACGGACAUCAUACUGAUCAAGGAUCUCAAGGAGAACACAGCCUACCAGAGAGCUAUCCCAUCUGCUCUGACCAUGAGGAGUGCAUUGCCCGUCCCGAGAGGAUCAAGAUCCAGAAAGGUUUUGUGGCCAAGGAGUCCGUGAAGGGGCACAUGGUUAACGUCGUGAAAGGCUUGAAGAUAUAUGAAGAUGUGUUCACAACAUCGGAGAUCAUGAAAGUCGCGGAUUUCAUCAAUGAAAUUCGUCAGGCUGGCAGAAAUGGAGAACUUUCAGGUGAGACCUUCAUAUUCUUCAACAAGCAGAUCAAAGGAAACAAGAGGGAGAUCAUUCAGCUUGGUGUCCCAUUAUUUCAACCUACCACAGAGGAAGCCAAUUGUCACAUAGAACCAAUCCCCCUCGUUCUGCAGGCUGUCAUUGACCACCUUGUUCUUUGGCGUUUAAUACCAGAAAGCAGGAAACCAAACAGUGUCAUCAUCAACUUCUUCGAUGAGGAUGAACACUCGCAACCCUACUUCAAGCCUCCUCAUCUGGACAACCCAAUUUCCACUCUUCUGCUGUCUGAGACUACAAUGGCAUUUGGCAGGUCACUCGUCACUGACAGCAACGGCAACUACAAGGGACCCCUCACACUCUCACUAAAGCAAGGGUCCCUCCUAGUCAUGCGUGGGAACAGCGCCGACAUGGCGCGCCACGUGGUGUGCCCGUCGUCCAACCGGCGCGUGAGCAUCACGUUCGCUCGCGUGAGGCCGUCCACGCCGGUGGACCUGAGCCCGCUCCCGUCGCCCACCAAGGCCAUGACGCCCUGGCAGCCGCAGCCGGCCGCGGCCGCCCAUGUGGCGGCGCCCGCGUGCUUGGCGCAGAAGGCCCCAGUCAGCGGCGCCAUCAUCGGGUACGCCCCGGCGCCGCAGGCCGUGCUGGCGCCGGCCGCGUGGGGCAUGGCCGUGCGCGCCCCUAUGAUGAUGGUGGCUGCGGCGCCCGCGCGGCCCAUGGUGAUGGCCUCCUCCGGCGCCGCCGGCGGCAACGUCGGCAAGCGGAUGGGCAGAAGCGGCACCGGCGUGUUCCUGCCGUGGACGGUCGGGCCGAAGCGGUACAACAAGCACCUCCCGCCGCGCAUCCAGAAGCGCCGGUUCUCGGCCAUGAUGUCGCCCAUCGAGGCGCAGGGCUGAGACAGAGCCCGCCCGGCGUCACCUCGCCGCUGAACCGAUCGAACCGCCGAGUAGGAAUCAGAAUCACAUCAGACAAUGAGCCAUCGUUCAAUUCGUAGGCGUUCUUGGAGUGUUUUUUUUUUCUCUCGUCUUCGAAGCAAAAAAAAAAGGAAAACAAAAAAGAAGGGUCGAAACGCGAGGGUAGUUGAGUUUGAUCGGGUCGUGUUGAACGUCCCCGCCUGUGUAUUUUCGGUGACCAGCGUCGCGUCGUCGACUCGUCGUCUUUGGAAAGUGGUGCUUUCUUGUGGGUUUUUGCCUGUAAUUUAGCCGGGUUUGUGGGCUUCUGAGUGAAGUAGCGGAGUUCAGAAGCCGUAGAAGAGUAUUGGGGGGUAGGGAUAGGUGAGGUCAGAAUCAGGACAGGAGUUUCUUUUUGUUUUUUCAUUUUUUUUUCUCCCUUUUCGUGUUCCGAGAAGAACCUGAUGGAUGUUGCCGUGUAUGCAUGUCCUGCUGAGUUUGCAGUCCUAUAUAGGUAAAAGAUGCAUCUUGUGUUGCUCA